AUGCUCAAGGAGCCCCUCGACAGGGCCCAGCGGCGUGUCGCCGCGGGUCCAGCAGCUGGCGGGACGAUCCACGCGAGCGCCGAGAGGACCCCUUGCUGGUCAGAGCUGCGGUCAGACCCGCGCUCUGACAGUGGAGGCCAAGCAGCCACGCAGAAGGCCAAGAAGCCGAACAAGCGAGGAGGCAGGUCGGCGGACACGCGUCAGCACCGCGAGCUCCGAGGGACCGCCUUUAGAAAGCUUGCGGCGUGCGGCAGCAGAGCGCAGCUCACGCAGGAGGAGCGAGCAGCGGUGAAGAGGCAGCUGGCGAGCGACAUCGAGAGGAUAGGGAAGCGUAUGGAGCAGCAGCUGCAGCAACUGGUCGAUCAAGUUCAGAGGCUGACGACGGAGAGUCAGAACAUGAGACAGGAACUUCAGAACAGAGACGUGACGAUCGCAGAGAUGCGAGGUCAGCUUCAAGCUCAGCAACAGGCUCAGCAGCAGCGGGCAGCCCCGCGCGGCGAGAUGAUGGAUCCGAAGAUUCUUCACAAGGUGAAGCCGUUCGACGGCCACAGGGCGAGCUGGAAGACGUUCAGUUUCCAGUACAGAGCGUACCUGAUCGCCCAAGAUCGAAGGUACCGAGAUCUUCUGGAAAGGUGCGAGGACGGAGCCCAGGAGGUGGACAACGUCAACCUGGACGCGCAGGAGGAAGAGCUAAGCACGCAGUUGUACUACGGCCUGGUCCUGGCGAUGCCCGAGGACUCGGUAGGCGAGCUGAUCGUGAGGAACAGCCCAGUAGGAGAAGGAGCCGAGUGUUGGAGGAAACUUCAGAAGGAGUACAACCCGAGCGAGGCAGGAAACGUGCUGGCGAUGUGGACCAAGCUCACGGACACGAAGUUCGACGCCAAAGAAGACGUGAUGGUGAGCAUCAGCAAGCUGGACGAGGACAUGACGAGGUACCAGAAGAUGGCAGGAGAACCAGUCUCGGACCUGAUCAAGCGAGGCAUCCUUACAAAGGCGCUGAAGGAUCACGACGAGCUGCAGAAGCACGUGUUUCGGAACAGCAGUCGGUUAAGUACGUACGAGCUCCUGAGAGCCGAGGUGGUGUCGGCGUUGAUGGCAGAGCGAGCGGUUCAGGACGACCCGAUGGAGAUAGGAGCGCUGAAGGGCGGAAAGAGACCGUGGAAAGGCCGCGGCAAAGGGAAAGACGGCAAAGGCAAGGAGAGGCCACCGAAUCCCGACGCCGAGAUCGAGUGCAACUACUGUCACAAGAAGGGCCACCGCAGCGCAAACUGCCGCAAGCGGAUCGCCGACGAGAAGAAGACAUCCGAGAAGGACAAGAAGGACAAGAAGCAGCUCCGAAAAGAGAAGGUAAAAGAAAAGAAGAAGAUCGGGGUUAAGACAGACAGGGGUGGGCACAGGAACAAGCUCGGCAGCACCUACACAACAGAUGCUGGGAAGUCAAGGAAGCGCCGACAGUGCGAUGACUCAGCAGGUGCUGCGCCCAGUCAACUGUGCGCUGCAAGCGAAGAUGAUUCUGGCCCUGAGGGCAGAGGUCACAAGAAGCGCAGCCACACGAUCGACUGGAAGUACUGCUUGCCUAGCUACCACCAAUAUGUCUGCUGCUCUUGCAAGAAGACCUUUGAAGGAUGGCGAUGGCACUUCGAUCAGUGGAAGCUGGACUACUGUGCCGCGUGUGCCGAGUACUGCCUGGACAACUGGUUCCAGGACGAGGAAGAGCCAGACGACAACGAGAAGCCAAGACCAAAGAAGCACAAGAAAGAGUAUCAGCAUGUUACCGUCGCUGGUCUUCGGCCCGUGGAUGAAGAUCAGAGCCCUGCAGAUGACCGAUUGCGGUUAGCCCCGCUUCGGAAUGCGAUCAUGCUCGACUCAGGUGCGCAGAUCAGUGCGAUACCGAGAUCACAGGUGACCAAGCAUAACUACACGCCGACGGACAGCAACGUUGUCGGCUUGAAGGGCAUAGGAGGCGAGGAGAUCGAGAGGUACGGCCACGUGGAGCUGAACCUAUCCCGAGGAGGAGAGGUCACUGGAUCAUCAACGGUACCGUCGAGCCACCUGACGGAGCUGAGUUCGUACCUCUACGGCGUCACCAAGGAACCAGCUGAUGAGAACAAGAUCCCGAAGGUCAUGUUCGACAUCUUUUACGUAGGGACGGACCAGCUGGCUGCGAAGUACAAGCUUAAAGGAGGUUACUUCAGCAUCAGGGAGAAGAUGUCGGUCACGAAGGCCGAGUUAGACCAAGCGGUCUCUGUCUUGAAUGUUAUCGACUGUAAGAUCUUGGCUCAGGCGACGUUGUACGCGAACAAGGAGACGGAUGACUACAAGGUGUCCUUCCUGCUAGGCGCGCUGGAGGCUUGGGGCCACACAACAGUCAUACUUCAGACAGACCAGGAGCCUGCCACCAUGGCUCUGGCGCAGGCAGUUCGAGAUCGCAGAUCACACUCAACCUUGGUGCGGGGAUCACCGCCCUUUUCCAAGCAGAGUGCAGGCUACGCUGAAGGAGCUAACAAGCUAGCAGCUGGUCUACUUCGAGCCUACAAGCUGAAGCUGGAGCACAAGCUGGGCUGUGAGAUCAAGAUGACGGAUCCGAUCGUGCCAUGGCUUGUGAACUCAGUGGGGUGGAUGAUUACCAGAUUCCAGCCUCGCAGUCACGGAGGUUCCUCCUACAAGAUGCUCUACGGCAAAGAGUACAACGGCGAGAUUGCGGAGAUGGGUGAGCAGGUCUGGUAUCGGAUCUCAGCCAGAGUUGCCGCGGGACGUGGCAAAUGGGAAGCCCGCUUCGCAAAAGGAAUCUGGGUUGGUAAGAGUGAGCUGGACGACACACAUCUCGUGAUCGAUCCUGAACGUGGAGUGCAGAAGGUCAGAACGGUGCGAAGGAUGCCUGAGGAGUUCAGAUGGCAGCCCGAGCUCAUCCAGCACAUCAGGGUGACGCCCUGGAAGCAGACGCCCGACAAGAGUUCAGGAACGAUCGGACGCAGCAUGUACAUCACGGAGCGCAUGAUCGAUGCUCAUGGUCCUACUGACGAGUGCAGGAAGUGCAGUACAGGAUACGGUUCGCAUUCGGCAGCCUGCCGACAGCGUUUCGAGACCAUUCAGGCCGACUUACUGCGCGAGAAGUUGGCAAAGGACCCUGUGGCCCCUGAGGUGAAGCUCGUGAAGGAGCUGAGGAGAUGUUUGAUGAGCCACAUCGGCACGAUCAGGAGCCACUUCGGAGAUCCUGAGGAGCAGCAGGUGGAGCAGAUGGUUGAGGUGAGCGCCGAGCUGCAUGAGAAAGACCAGUGGAGCCCAAAGACGAUACACUACGAUUACUAUACUGGAGAGCCUCUGGAUGAGGACCUGUAUCAGAAGGGUCGCGACGACGAGCUGCAGGCCAUGAAGGACUACGGGGUCUACGUGGAAGUGGCGACAUCGACGGCGACUGACGGCAAGCACAUUGGAGGUUUCCCGAUAGCCCACAUGAAAGAAGGAAAGGUCAGGUGGAGGUUCGUAGCAACCGAGGUGAACAAGUACGAGGUCAGGGAGGACAACCACCAAGGCACGCCCCCGCUCAUGAUUGUCAGAGCGACGCUGAGCCGUGCCGCUUCAAGUCCAACUUCCAGCGGGCAGCACCUGCGGAAGAUACAAGUCUGGGACGUCAGGAAGGCUUUCUUCAACGCUGACUUAGACGAGACGAUCUACGUGCAUCCUGGGAGAGAGCUGUGUCCGCCUGGAAGGUGCUGGUGGUUACGCAAGGCCAUGAACGGUACCAGGAAGGCGUCGCAGAUGUGGGGUGAGCUUGUGAGAACUACUAUGGACGACGGCCAUUGGGAAUGCUUGGUUGGAACUCCUAACGUGUUCUACUUACCUGCUAGCCCCAACACAGCCCCCUUCGACGAGGAUAGCACAGCGAUCUGCCAUGGCGAUGACUUUCUUGCUGAAGGCUACGACGAGCAGCUGGACGAGCUCGACGAGUUAUUGAGGCAGCAGUUUGAGGUCACGGCCAGCGCCAGACUUGGACCAGGAGCGGUGGGGCAGACUACAUACCUCAAGAGGACGAUCGGCUACACCGACAAGUUGCCAGGUUGCGAGGAGCCAGGUUUCUUCUGGACUGCCGAUCCUAAGCAUGUGGACUUCAUGAUCAAGUGGACGCAGAAGCGAGGUUGUAAACCAGCUCCCACUCCAGGGACGAAAGCUACAGGACAAGGCCGACGAGACAGUCUAGACCUUCUUUCCAAGGAUCGUGCUCGAGAAGUGGCGGGUGCAGCUGGCACCGCUCUUUACCUUUCUUCGGACAGGCCCGACACGAUGUACGCCAGCAAGACAGCGAUGCAGCACGUCUCCAACCCGAACGUCUUGAUGCAUGCGCGUGUUCAGCGACUUGGAAGGUACUACGAAGGACAGCCUGUGUUGGUCUGGUGUUACCCACUUCAAGGUACUCCUGAAGGCAUUCGUGUAGAUGGUGACGCGGAUUGGGCACCUACGAGUGAACUACAGCGGCGAUCUACCAGUGGAGGAGCUGUGAGGUAUGGUGACCACACUUGGGACUGCUACUCAGUGACGCAGAGUACGAUAGCCCUAAGUUCAGGGGAAUCCGAGAUGUAUGCUACGGGAAGUGCGACAGCCAGAGGACUUCAGUGUAAGACUUACCUGAUCGAGACCCAGAGGCCCUGCAACCUGAAGAUCUAUAGUGACAGCACAGCUGGACGUGGCAUGUGCAGCCGAGUUGGGGUGGGCAAGGUCAGGCAUCUGGAGCUGAGGUACUUGUGGAUUCAGGAGCGGUUGCGUCUCAAGGCGUUCGAGCUUCACAAGGAGGACACCAGCAAGAUGACAGCCGACAUGCUCACGAAGUACAGCGAGUGGCCGACAAUCGAGAAGCAUUGCACCACUCUCAACCUCAGGUUCGGAAAGCAGUUGACGGGCUUGAGCGCAAUGGCAGUUUUCACGGAGGUCGUGACGAAGGCGUCAGGCGAGAAGGUGACAGUGUACGGAGGUUCUGACGAGGUUGCGGUUUGCCCCGCGCCUGUCAGCCACUACGUGGACAGCGAGGAGUUCUGGUUCUACCUGAUGUUGGGACUUGUUGUGGUGACUGCAGCGAGUGCUUUCUUACUGGGGUGCUGGUGUGGUUGCUACUUCAAGAACUUCUACGACAAGUUCCUCCUCCAGGGUGCGGUUAGCCCCGCCUCUGGAAGCACUUGCCCACCAUCUGCGCGGGCUGACGUCGAGUUCAAGACCGUGUGUGCACAGCAGGACAAAGGUGCAAGGCACAAGCUCUUAAGCACGUUUCUUGUAGCCGAGCUGCGAGCUGUCUUGAAGGCCAAGGGCCUGGCCGUGUCAGGGAUCAAGGAAGACCUGGUCACGAGGAUGAUCAAGCACGGAUGUGUUCUGUCGGAUCGCCAGGCCAAAGAGAUCGAGCAGCUGCGGGUGAUGGCUACAGCGUAUGGACCUCUUGCCAAGCUCAGCUUGCAGGACAUCAGCAGUCCAGAGGCCGCGCAGAAGUGGAUCGAGACGUUCAAGGGCGAGUGCCGAGACCGUUCCAGAGGCUCUCAGGUGAUCCACGGAGAGGGCUAG